AUGGCUGCUUCAUUUUCUCCGCAUAAACAACCUAAGUGUAGAAAACUUUCUCAACCUCGAUAUAUCUAUAUCAUCAUUAAUUCUCUCCUUGGGCAAAUCAUCCACAAGAGUUUGUGUAAUCACCGUCCCUUGAAGGGCAUCCGAAGAAGAGCGUCAGAUGACCGAUCGCGACACGGAACGUGCAAGAAAUUCCGGGCCUCUGUGAAAUCUCAAAGGCGAGGAGAAUGUGGCUCGAGGCGGCUGAGAGAUAUGGACGAUAUGGCUAAUUUGCGGCAGUGCAUCUUGUUCGUUGGGGAGGUGGAUAAACGUACUGAUUGUAUGAACAGUGAUGAAGAUGCAUACGAGCGGAAAAAUGAUAUAAAUACCUUUUGA